UAAGGGUGACUUAAAGACACUCGCUGCUGGAUUUGUCUAAGCAGUCUGAUUUGUCAACUAAGCUCGAAUAGAAAACUACUUUAGAAAUCGCAAUAUUUUUUUUUUUGAGAAAUGUUUGUUAAAAUUGCUCUAAUAUGCUUGCUGGGCGUAACAGCAAGUAAUGCUUACUGUCAGGACUAUCCAAUAAGGACUACUGAUCCUCUCUCACCCCAGCAAACUGUGCGAGUGUGUGGAACAGGAGAAUAUGAAGAUAUACCAAAAAUCUUAAGAACACUAAUGGGUAUCGAGGAGCCAGCACGUCAUUUACUGCCACCAUUCGAAGAUUCAAUCGCCGGAAAUGUAUUAUCAAAAGAUAACAAACCAUAUUCAAAUGAGCCAUAUUCGCAAUUCCAACAAGAAUACAUUCCUGAACCGAAACAAAUUUCACCAGCUGCGCCACGGCCUUAUCCCUAUGAAGUAAUUAAUAGAAUUCUUCCAAAAGAGGAUUACCUUAUGGAUUUUCACCCGCUUGCUGAUCGAGUACCAAAACAGCAGGAGAAAUUAGUUUCCAUCGCCGACGAUUUAUCGACGGUGAAACAAACGAUCACUGACCUUGAAUUCAGUCUUAGUCGCAUUGCCAAAUCCCUCCUUCAAGAGAACAAAGUAGAGGAAAAAGAAAAAAAUAUAAAUAUUGUUUUCAAACUCGACCCCAGGUUUGAGCUAUUGAUGAAGGGCGUUCUUCAACUACCAUACGAGAAAUCAUCAGAGGAAAUUGAUAAUCCUACCGAUAAGGAAUUGGAAGACUAUGUACAGAAUGUAAUUGAUGCCAGUGAAACUGAGGUGGAUGACACUGAUCUACCUGAUGGCACUGGAGAAGUUAUUGAUAACGGUGAUGAUGAUGAUGAAGAUGAUAGUUUUUGGUUUCGGGCUGCUUUGCUUCUAUAAUUUAUUAUAACCAUUAUACGAAAACUACUUUAGGUGAUGCAAAUUUCAUUCUAUACACGAUGUGAUUAUGAAAUUAUAUAUUGUUGUUCUUUAAAUAUGAAUGGUUUAUAACUAGUUAGUAUUGAAAUGGAAACUUUCAGAGAUAUUUAAAUAUCCGGAAAUAUGUUUUAAACUCGAAACAACUAGAUUCACAUAUUGCUAAAGUUUGAGUAAAUGUUUAUGUAGCUACAAUGUACUGUGGUUUUAAUAAAAUUCGUUUUAAGAAAA